AUGACAGGGAAGCAGCCAACCAGAACCAACCAGAGCCCUCCCCUUGCCCCUGGUUUCCCAGCAGCCAACCAGAACCAACCAGAGCCCUCCCCUUGCCCCUGGUUUCCCAGCAGCCAACCAGAACCAACCAGAGCCCUCCCCUUGCCUCUGGUUUCCCAGCAGCCAACCAGAACCAACCAGAGCCCUCCCCUUGCCCCUGGUUUCCCAGCAGCCAACCAGAACCAACCAGAGCCCUCCCCUUGCCCCUGGUUUCCCAGCAGCCAACCAGAACCAACCAGAGCCCUCCCCUUGCCCCUGGUUUCCCAGCAGCCAACCAGAACCAACCAGAGCCCUCCCCUUGCCCCUGGUUUCCCAGCAGCCAACCAGAACCAACCAGAGCCCUCCCCUUGCCCCUGGUUUCCCAGCAGCCAACCAGAACCAACCAGAGCCCUCCCCUUGCCCCUGGUUUCCCAGCAGCCAACCAGAACCAACCAGAGCCCUCCCCUUGCCCCUGGUUUCCCAGCAGCCAACCAGAACCAACCAGAGCCCUCCCCUUGCCCCUGGUUUCCCAGCAGCCAGAUGAUGGACAGUUCGUGA